UAGACUUUUUUUUCCCGCGUUUUCCAGUCCUCGGGUUGGGUUAGUUCGUUUGCGGUUUGUCACGUGAUCCCGGCGUAACGCUACAUCGGUCUGUUUGCAAUGACAGACCUCUUGUCUAUGUGUGAGAAGUUAUAAAUCGGUUGUUUGACAGAGGUUUUGACAACACAGAGUUUAAACAGAGACAGACGAUCGCAAAAACACAGAUGAACAAAGUCGUGUGUACAGGUUUUUGAGCACUAACCGCCGAGUACUCGUAACACCAUUGCAGCGUCGCCAACGGCGCUUCACCGCGCAGUACGUUGAUACAAAACGAGCAUCCACAAAUCUACAGUUGCAGGAAGUCACUGAGGUUUUGUUGUCACGGAACUCUUGAAGUGGGAUUUACACUUAGUAAACAAUAUCAGUCGGCUUUAAAACAUAUUCGAGUUUUAUCUGUUAAUUAUUGGCCGUUACGUUACCGGAUACUAAGAUGCCUCCUAAAAAACGCAAUUCUGGGGCGACACAGAGCAAAGAGAUGAAACCCACUGCUGAAAAUGCCUCUCCAGAGAAGAAGGAGAGUCCCGAGUUAUCUCUUAAAAAGCACGGAGACAAGGAUGCUGAGUUUGUGACUCUGUGCAAGAGCCUUCAUGUGACUGACCCUGUAUGUGAUCGAGCCUGGACGCUGUGGAAAACCGUUCAGGAGUCCGUGGAUGAAGCUGCUGACAGUCAGAAGAAGCUUUGGGGUGCUUGUCUGUUUGUGACUGUGACAGACAUGGAUGCCACCUGUUUCACCUUGACCCAGGUUCUGAAAGCAGUCUGUCUGAACGUCAAACAAUUUAUAGAUCUGGUGAGGAAGUUGGAUGUGAACUUGGAUACGAUAAGCACCAAGGUGAACUCUGCACUGUCACGGCUGGACAAGAAGUAUGAUGUGAUGCUGGCUCUUUACCAGAGGUUUGAGAAAACUUGCAAGAAAAUUUUCAAUCUGACGUCUGAUGGGAAGGAGAGGGAAACCGUGCGGACUUGCUGGACGAUGUUUCUGUUGGCCAAAGGAAGGGCCUUACAGAUGGAGGAUGACCUGGUCAUAUCAUUUCAGCUGCUUCUUUGUACGCUGGAGUUGAUCAUCAAGCGCUGCUCUCCAGACCUUCUGCAGCCUCUUUACAAAUCAGCCAUCAGCAAAAUUCAGAGCCCUCCAACACGAACAUCUCGUCGCAACCAGAGCAAAACUAAAUCCCGAGCUGUGGAGCCAGAGGUUGAUGUACAGCUUCUCGAAACCUUAUGCAAAGAGAAUGAAUGCAGUGCAGAAGAGGUGAAGAAUGUAUACCAAACCAGUUUCAUGGCUUUCUUAGAGUCGAUGGAUCUUUCAAGAAGCCCAGAUUUUCCUCAGGUGAAUGAUGUCGACCAACAAUAUGAAGAACACUACCUCAAGAGCAGAGACAUUGACGGACGAAUGUUUUUCAAUGGAGACGAGACUGUUCUUGCACCUAAAGUCGAGAUAUCACAAGUGGAGAGAACACCAAAGAAGAACCUGUCAGAUGAAGAUGGAUUACUCGUCCCUCCUCAGACACCCAUCAGAGCUGCCAUGACCUCCAUUCAGCUGCUGAGGGGUGAUCUCACUUCCAGUGGGGACCAGCCAUCUGCUAAUUUGGUUACAUAUUUCAAACACUGCACAGUGGAUCCGACGCAGGAUGUGCAGAAGCGCUUGGAGACACUUGGACAGGUGUUCAGUCAAAGAUUCGGUCAGGCGGUCGGCCCACGCUGCGUAGUGUACGGCAGGCAGAGAUUCACCCUCGGUGUCAGACUGUAUUACAGAGUAAUGGAGGAAAUGCUGAAAUCGGAAGAGAAGCGCCUGUCUGUGCAAAAUUUCAGUAAACUCCUGAAUGACUCCACAUUCCACACAUCGCUUUUGGCUUGUGCUUUGGAGGUAGUCAUGGCAACAUAUGGAGAGAGCAGUUUCAAAAAUGGAGGGUACAGCCAUGGAGGAGCCGACUCAGCCGAAACAGAUGUGUGUUUCCCCUGGAUACUAAAUGUGUUCAACCUGACCGCCUUUGAUUUCUAUAAAGUUAUCGAGAGCUUUAUCAAGGCCGACCCCACGCUAAGCAAAGAGAUCGUCAAACAUCUGGAGACCUGCGAGAACCUCAUCAUGGAGAGACUUGCAUGGAGGACGGGCUCCCCACUAUUUGAGCUUCUGAAACAGGAACAUGAGAGCGGAGGAGCAGAGCAGGUGGAGACCCCAGCUAAUUUCAGUCAACCGCUGCAGCACAACCACACCGCAGCCGACCUAUAUUUGUCCCCCAUGCGCCCAGGCCUGCGUGUAUUACCUCCUGAGUCCAGCUGUCAAACUUCCUCUCAGCCUGCCUCACAGCCAACCAGCCAACCUCCACGACCCCUCAAGUCCAACUCUCUCAGCCUCUUCUAUAAAAAAUUGUACCGUUUGGCCUAUACAAGGCUGAAGAUGCUCUGCUCCUACCUGCUGUCCUCCCACCCUGAGUUUGAGCCCAUAAUAUGGACUCUGUUCCAGCACACUCUGCAGCAUGAGUACGAGCUGAUGAGAGACCGUCACCUCGAUCAGUUGAUGAUGUCUGCCAUGUAUGCCAUAUGUAAAGUGAAGAGCGUUGAUCUGCGCUUCAAGACCAUUGUCACAGCAUACAAAAACAUGGCCAACACCAGCCAAGAGACCUUCAAGCACGUGUUGAUCACUGAAGGCCACUACGACUCCAUCAUUGUCUUCUACAACCAAGUGUUUAUGCAGAAGCUGAAAACAAACAUCCUGCAGUAUGCUUCUACCAGGCCUCCGACACUCUCGCCAAUCCCACAAAUACCCUGCAGCCCCUACAAGUUCCCUAAUUCGCCUCUGCGUGUGCCCGGUAGCAACAAUGUCUACAUCUCUCCAUUGAAAAGCGCACGCAUGUCUCCCGGUAUCAUGACCCCUCGAUCCAAAAUGCUGGUAUCGAUCGGCGAGUCAUUUGGGCCAUCAAAUCGCUUCCAGAAGAUCAACCAGAUGGUCAACAGCAGUGAUCGAUCCCUAAAGAGGACUCUGGAUCAUGGCUCCACGCCAAAGCCUCUGAAGAGGUUACGAUUUGAUGUGGACGGGCAAGAUGAAGCUGACGGCAGCAAAUCUGGAGGAGAUUCUACACUGAUUCAGAAGCUUGCAGAGAUGAGCUCCACUCGCAGUCGCAUGCAGGAGCAAAAGAUGAAGGAGGAUGCUGAGUCGAGGAUGGAAGAACUCUGAAAUCUAUUCAGCUGACCUGCACUGUUUGUCACAAUGUGAACGUUAUUUUCUGUUCACACCUGAAGUGAAACACACCUGUUUUUUGUACAUUUAAAAGUGCUAUUUUAUUUUUUAUUUAACUUUGAGGAGAUUUUUGUGAAUAUAGAGGAUGUUCACCUUUUUUGUUGAUGCUUUAUCUUAGUGUUUUUAAUGAAUUAGGGCUGUGUCAGUAAUUUUCAUUAAGUAUGUUUGGUUUUAAGUAUUUCAGUGCUAUUAGUUCCUCUUCACUCAUGUUUUAAGUAGUCUGGAUAGCUUCUGACACACACUGCUGGUUUUCUCCGCCUCCAGAACUUUUCACGUCUCGAGCAUAAUGUCACAUUCAAGUGUUAAAUCAUGGUUACUCUGUAAAGAGGAGUAAAUAUCAGCCUCAGAGAGACAUCCGAAUGUCUUUUAAUGUAGUGUUUUUACUGUUAAAGUAAUAAUUUCAGUUGGCAGCGCACAUAAUGUCUUCUUAAGUUGGUGACAUAAAAUGAGUAGGAAAAUUGAAUUUGUUUUAAAAACAUGUUGAGUUGCAUAAAAAUGUCUGACAUCCUGACAAGAUUUCUGUACCACUACUUCUUUAUCUGAGCUACAAUUAUCAGACGAACACAGUCAAACUAAACAAAAACAGUCAUUUUCAUGUUUUCAUUGAACACACCGGCUGGAAACACCAGCAACCUUUACCAGAUGUUUCUUGCUGCUUAUGAGACAACUGUGAGAAAACUUGAACAGCUCUCCCCAGCAAACCAGUUUUAAUUCAUCGGUGAUUCUGUGAUGUUGUCAUUGCUUUGUAUUAUUUUGUUGCAUGAGUCAGACAUUCCUAGUUAAGGUCAGCUGCUGUCUUGACUUCUUUAGUAAAAUUUCUGGUAUAAGUUUGAAUUGUUACCUAAAUUCUUCCAACACAGCCUCACUGCAAAAAGGCAGCUACAAGCCACGAUGAUCCCUCCUCCAUGCUUCACAGUCUAGAUUUUUUAAACAAAAUAUCUUCCUUGCAUUUCUUUCCUCCAGAUGUAGUUGUGUGCAUUUUGCCAAAAGAUUUAGAACAUUGAACAUUUAUUACACUAAUUUAGAAAAUUGUCCCAAAGUGUCUCUUUCUUGAGAAGAGCAGACAUUGUGUGGCUUGACUUAUAGAAAGGGAAACCUUUACAACCCACACUUUCAAUCGCCUCAAUAGUAACACCUCAGAGUGGUCAGUGAAAGCAUGAGAAGUACAGUUGUUUUUGUAUGUUUAGUGAAAUAUCUUUUGUCUAUAAUUUUGACAUGGCUGAAGAUCAUACUAUGCUUUGAGUAAUCUAAGGAUAAAAAUCCCACUAAUUCAGGUGCAAGUUUUUAUUUUCACUGUAGUUUCAGAUGAUUUCCCUUCGGUGUAAUGUGUAGUUUUAUGCUAACUUUUGCUUUCUUUUUGGGAUGGUUAAUAAAUGCAAAUAAAGGGGUUAUUUGUUAUGAGUUAAAGAACUAUGUUUUCUAUAUAAUUUACACUCAUUAGAUUGGCUCUUGUCAUUUUUGCAAAUGGGAAUAAGGAGAAUUCUCAGGAAAGGAGGGAAAAUGAAGACACUAAUUUUAAAGUGAAAUGUGUUUUUAACGUACUGAAGUGUAGUACAUACAGGUCACCACAGAGAUCAGCUAUGUGUUUUCAUUCAGCAUAGAGUAGCCAAAGGUGGUGUGCAGUGACCACCUGAUAGAGUAAAGAGCACCACUGUGUGUUCUCAUAAUAGACUCCCACGUCCCUGUGAAGGUACGCGAGAGGACAUGUUAUUGGGCAGUUUAGUUUUGCUUUGCUUUGGAUGUGAGGAAAAUAAGAUUUUAGUACCAUUUUGGAAAUGUGUAGACGUUUUUAAUAAACCACAGAAUAUUUGUUACUUCUUGUUCAGCUUCAUCUUGAAAGUCGUGUCUUAGAUCUCCCCAGUGCUAACAUGAAAGCUCAAAUAGAUUAUAGUUUAGGGCAUUUAGACCAAACCAGCACAGUCCCUUUUCUUCACCAAAUUCUGCUGUAAUUAUGAACGAAUAAAUACUAAAUCUUUGACCAAAA